CCGCCUCCUUUUCCUUCUUGAGACGCGGCUGUCAUCACAAGAUAAGUCUGGUGUUCAGGGUUUUUUUUUCGUUAGGGACAUUUUCAGAAAGCUAGCUCGUCCUCCUCGUUGUCCCGUGUUUAUCUAAGUCCCCGGUUUGGAGCGGAAUGGCCCGGUGUCUGUCGCUCUCCCCGGUAGCCGUGUUGGCCCUCGGCGCGGUUCUGGUAGCGGCCAGUGAUGUACUCGAGCUCGGGGACUCGGACUUCGACAGCACAGCCAGCCAGCAAGAGACCAUGCUGGUGGAGUUUUUCGCUCCUUGGUGCGGUCACUGUCAGAAGCUAGCUCCAGAGUAUGAAGCAGCUGCCACCAGGCUGAGGGGAGUGGUAGCCCUGGCCAAGGUUGACUGUACAGCUAACUCUGAGACCUGCGCUAGGUUUGGGGUGAAUGGCUACCCCACCCUGAAGAUCUUCAGGAAUGGAGAGGAAUCUUCGGCCUAUGAUGGGCCCCGAUCUGCAGAUGGGAUUGUGAGCCACAUGAAGCAGCAGGCUGGCCCCAGCUCAGUGGAGUUGAAGACUGUUGAGGAUCUCGACCGGCUCAUCCACAGCUUCGAUGCCAGCGUGGUCGGGUUCUUCUCGGAUGCCGGCAGUGCCCAGCUGGCAGAGUUCCUGAAGGCUGCUGCGGUGCUGAGAGACAGCUACCAAUUUGCCCACACCAGCACCCCGGAGCUGCUGCACAGGAACCAGAUCCAAGGAGAAGCCGUUGUGCUGUUCAGACCUCCUCACCUCAACAGCAAGUUUGAGGACAGCUCUGUGCGAUACACUGAGGCUAUCUCCACCAGCAGCCUGCGCAGAUUCAUCAAGGAGAACAUAUUUGGUAUGUGCCCACACCUGACCAAUGAGAACAAGGAGCAGCUGAUGGGGCGGGACUUGCUGACUGUGUUCUUCGAUGUGGAUUACCUGCGCAACCCCAAGGGAUCCAACUACUGGAGAAAUAGGGUGAUGAAGGUUGCCUCUAGGUUCGUGUCGGAGGGGAUGCCUCUGAGCUAUGCGAUCGCGGACCGCUCUGACUUCUCGUACGAGGUGUCUGAGUUCGGUCUGGGGGCCACGGAGGGGGAGCUCCCCGUCGUCACGCUGCGCACUGUGGCCGGGGAGAAGUACGCCAUGCAGGAGGAGUUCACGCGUGACGGGAAGGCUCUGGAGAGAUUCCUGGAGGAUUAUUUUGCCAGGAAGCUGAAGCGCUACAUGAAAUCAGAACCUGUCCCGGAGAACAGCGACGGGCCCGUCAAGGUGGUGGUAGCAGAGACUUUUGAUGAGAUUGUCAACGACGAUUCGAAGGACGUGCUGAUCGAGUUCUACGCACCGUGGUGCGGGCACUGCAAGAACCUGGAGCCCAAAUACAACAAGCUGGGAGAGAAGCUGGCAAAUGACCCCAACAUUGUUAUUGCCAAGAUGGAUGCCACAGCCAACGAUGUGCCACCUAACUAUGACGUGCAAGGUUUCCCUGCGCUUUACUUUGUGCCCAAGGGGAGCAAGGAGUCACCAAAGAGAUACGAGGGCGGUCGGGAGGUGAGCGAUUUCAUCAACUACCUGAAGAGGGAGACAACGAGCACCCCUGUGCUGACCCCUGGAAAGGAAGAUCUGUAAACGGACGAAAGAAGAGCUAGUGAACGGCACGCGCCUGUCGAUGUGUCCACGUGCCUGUUAGCGCUGUCUGCUGUCCGUGCUUGGAGACGGAGUCACUCAAAACGAACAGCCUGUGCCGCUUAACCCUGCUGUGUGGCGCCAUUAUAAUGAACUUCCCAGAUACAGAGAAUUCAAAAACAAACAGCUCCUUAUCCAAGGAGAAUUGGGAUCCAACAGGUUACUCAUCAAUCUCUAGAAAUACUUAAUGAGGAAGAAAGGUAACUGAUGAACUGAAAACUCACCAUCUUUAAUAAUUAGUUGCAAUGUUUCGGCUUCCAUCGUCUUCAGAUAUCGUGGUAGAAAUAGCCAGGCAGACACCAGCAUCAAUCUACCUGGCUAUUUCUGCCACGAGAUCUGAACAAGAGAGAAGCUGAAACAUUGUAGCUAAUUAAAAUACUGAGUUUUCAUGUUCAUUGUUUGUGAUAGAUAAAUAGAUAGAUAGAUAGAUAGAUAGAUAGAGCUAAUGUUUUUCAGAGAUUUAUUUUGCGCUCAUCACUGUCAGAAUUGGAAGAUGUGCAUUUUAAAGUACUGUUUUAAGCAAGUAAGUGUAAAAACCAGUAAGUGAAAACUCCAGCAGACAGCAGUAACUGGAUAAUAUCGACAAAUGCGUUCCGUGUUUUUUUUUGUUUUGUUUUUUCAAAAUGAUUGUCACGGGAUACUGAAGGAGGGUGGGGCUUCUGGGACCAAUGACAAAAAGGUGAUUGGUCUAUCUGUUCAAGGGUGGAGUUUCUCAUGCAUUUGGGGAGGGGCUGAUUACAGUAUAAUUCUGUAAAUCAGCGAUUCUGUGAUUGGGGGCGCAGGCAGAGUUAAUAAAAGUAAUUUAUUUGAAGCUA